AUGGAGUCUCCAAACUUUUCAUCGCCCUACCCUACACCUGGCUCUAUCCGAAGAGAAAACCUGCGAGCACCACCACCAGAUACAGAACUGCUGCAGUUUGCCGCAACCCUGGCUUCGACAAAAAAACUGUUUGCUGGACUUGCGGAUAGACUUUGCGAGCAGCCAGACUUUGCAAUAGAAGAAGACAGUUCAGAACGUUGUUGGAAUGGAAACGCCGUUGCGGAUUACACAAAACCCCUCGUUUCAUCUGCAUCACUAAGCGACCAGAAAUAUAACCCCGAGAUCAGCGGUAGCCCACCUCAGGAUUUGAGAGUAACGGCUUUGGCAGACAGGCUUCAGCAGGCUCGACAGCUACUUGUAUCCUACUCCCGGAGUAAUGAGGCUUCAGCGGAAGCGUUUAUGCAAGGUGAUGAGGCAGGUGAAGAAGGCUCUGGUUCAGGAAGGAACUGGAGCUCCGACGACUACGAUUCGGAGGGCUCCGGGGACGACGGUUCUGGCGAAAUUGAAGGACGGAGCGGAACCGAUACGAGCGAUUCUUCACCAGACACGUCUACACCACGAACGGGCUCAAGCAACGCCUUAUACCCCUCACAACUUGUCACACUCCUACUCGUCGCUAAUAUCGCACUCACUUACACUACUUAA